AUGUGUGUACUAUACAUUUUCACCGACGAUUGCCCAUGCGGCAAGGAGCUCUGGCGCGACACUCGUGACGUGCCCUGCGCCAAGGCAGAGGGAGUCAUGGGAGCUUGCGGAAACACCGACGAGGCUCACAGUAGCACAACAAUCGAAUGUUCUGAGUGUGCGGAAAAGCGCAAGAAGAAGGAGAACCCUGAUGAUGAUGAUGAGGAUAAGUAG